AUGAAUGUGACAUCAUUUGUUGAUAACAAUUGGUUCAAUGAUAUUCAAUAUGGUAAUACAGGUGCUGCUUUAUUUAUAAUAACUUAUAUUGGUUGUUAUGGUCUGAGUAUAAUAUGUUUAUUUGGUCAACAAUUAAAAGCAACUCAACGACAACUACAUGAAUUACCUCCUUAUUUUUUUCAAACACUUUGGGAUGUACCAAAUAAAAAUAGACUUUAUCAAGAAUUAGCUGACGUUGAACGUUUGAAACAGGUAUUUCGUGGUUAUUUUGCUGAUCAUGAAACAUGUACAACAAUAGGUUAUGCUGAUCUUCAAGCAAUGGUUGAACAACGUGCAUAUGCAUGUGCUUUAAGAUAUCGACAAAAAUUAAGACGUCUUCAUUUAUCUCAUACUGAUUAUUGUCUUGAUACAAUGAAAAAUUUAAUAGAUAAUGAUACAGAAGAAAAAUUUUCAAAAUCAACUCUAUUGACACAUACAAAUAUUCAUAAUACAAUGAAUGAUUAUACAAAUAGAAACGACAAUGAAAAUCAAAUUUUAGCGAUUUCUGUUGUUUAA